AGCGCGAUCGUCGCCGUCGCGCUCGUCGCCAUGCACGUGAAGCACUACACCAUGCCGCGGGUGCAGCGACACAUAAAUCGAGUGAUUCUCGUCGUGCCCGUGUUCUCGUUGCUGAGCUGGAUCUCGCUCGUGAUCGAAAAUAAUAAGGCGGAGUUCUACAUCGAGGUCGUGCGAGAUUGCUACGAGAGCUGGGUGGUGUACAACUUUUUGAAUCUUUGUCUGGCGUACGUCGGCGGACCGGGCGCCAUCGUGAACGCCAUGGCUGGGAAGGAGAUCAAAGUCGGUUCUUGGUUGCGCGGGACGUGCAUCUUUGAUCGUGAUUUAGUGGUAGAUGGGAACUACAUUCGGCGGUGCAAACAAGGAUGCUUGCAGUUCGUGUUUAUCAAGCCGAUUUUGUCGGUUAUAGAAAUCGUGCUGCAAGCCAAAGGGAAGCUCGGCGACGGACAGAUCAACUUUUUGAAGGCGUACGUGUACAUUCUCUUCGUGUAUAACAUUUCAUACACACUCGCUUUGUACGCGCUGUGGAUGUUUUACUUGGGCGCACACGACCCACUGGCGAAGUACAAUCCGUUACUCAAGUUUAUCAUCGUCAAGAGCGUGAUCUUUUUGAGCUUUUGGCAAAGCUUCUUCACCGCCAUGGCGGUGCGCACGGGAAGUUUGGAUAGCCCCGAAGAAGGUCGCGCGGUGCAGGACGUACUUAUUUGCUGCGAGAUGUUCGUCGUAUCGUUGAUGAUGUGGUUCGCGUUCCCAUACACCGAUUUCGUCGACCCAACGGGCGCCAAGCGUGGCUUCGUCUCCAACGUCGUCAACUUUGUCUCUGUGCGCGACGUCUUUGACGAUACGGUGCAUCAGUUUGGGGCGACAUAUCAAGACUACACGCUUCACGGUGACGGAGAGACACCGGAUAGGACG